UUGAAGGACUUCAUAAUCGACACAAUUACGUGAAAACAGUUCGUCAAGCCAUUAAUCAAUUAUCAAAAAAGUUAUUAAAUAAAACAAUAGAAAUAAGCAUGCUUAAAAAUGUUCUUGCUUAUGAUGAUAAUAAAUUAUUAGCUUACUUUUCUACGAUUGUUGAUAAUAAAAUUACCAAGAAUAUUCUUAAGGAUCUUCGAGAUAGUUAUGAAUCAUAUAUUAACAAAUUAAAGAAACUUGACGUUUUCUAUAAACGAUUUUGUGGAAAAGCCACAGAUAAACAAGUUUAUAUUCAAGAUAUAGAAACAAAAAUAAAUAUGCAAGAAAAUGUUGCUCUUGAAAACACAACAAAAGAAUCAUUCUGGAAAAUUCAUAAUCCUAUUAUAGAGGUAGCACAGAAUUCUUAUAUUUAUGCAGAUUCUCAAACAUUUAAAAAUGUUUUUGAUAAAUGUUUAAAUACGAUUGGAGAGAAAUUAACGGUUGAAUUGAUUGCCUUAAAAUAUAUACGUACAGCACUUUUAGAUUAUGAUAAUUUAAGAGCAGAAUAUAAAGAUUGGACAAAACUUGAAUGUUCAAAAAUUAGUCCAUUUUGGAAAGGCGUUGAAGUUAAAAAUAUUGAUCAUGAACUUGAAUUAAUUUCUCGUGAUAUGAAAUGGCAACCAAAAGAUAACUUGAAAAAGGCUGUAAGUUAUCUUGCUCAUAUUAAGUCAUGGAGAGAACGACUUAAUGAUUUAGGAAAAACCUUGAAAAAUUUUAGAGUUCAAGAUGUUGCUGAUAGUUGGGUAGCUCAUGUUCAUAAUAGGUUACUCAAAGACUCUUUAACACUUUUAGAAUUAUAUAAUGCUUUUAAUGAAGCAAAUAAACAUAUUCAUAAUCUUGAUGAUAAUUGUUGGGCAAUGAUUGGUGCUUUAUCUUUUGCUGGUGAUUUCAUUUCUUGGCUUCAAACAAUAGCAGAAGGUGAUUUAAGAAAUUUAAUUAAUGGAGUAGAUGAUAAACGUGAAGUUCAAGAUGAAACUGUUGCUUCAUUGAUUGAAGUUAAACAAUUUUUGGCUCCUCUUAUUAAAGAUAUGGUAAAACUUUUUAAGGAAGGAAAAUCCACACUUACGGUCAUAACUAAAUUUUUAGAUCAUGUUUAUAAGAUAACUUUAAAGAAUGAAUCUUUACAUGAAAAAAUAACACAAUGUUGUUCAAGUAGUAUUGCUCUUCAAAAUAUUUACUUUAGUAUAUUGAAUAGAGGUGAAGUAACUAAGGAGAGAAUUAAGGAUGCUGCUACAAGAGGUUUAUACCAAUUCUAUCGUGAUGAAAAUCAUGAUAAAUGUGUGGUAGAAUUAUUAUGUAAAGACAAGUCAGGAUCGAUGAAUAACUAUGAUCUUUCUGGUUUACAAGAUUUACAAGGACAAGCUCUUUUGAUCGCAAAACAAGCUGCAUCGGCUUUUGUUUUACGUUUACCGAUUGAAAGUGAAAGUAGUCUGGAACAAGGAACUGAUGAACUGAUGAAAUUUGUACAACAAGUAGAUACAGUACACCAUAUCAUAAAAUAUGCUUCUCAGUUAAUGGAAUUGGGUCAUUUUUCAUAUAGAGAAUGGAGUAUAUCUGUGGUUUCCACGGAAAAUAUGGUAACACUCCUUGAAAAGCUUAAAGAUGAUCUAAAAGAAUGGGAAGAUACUAUGAAACGAGCACAAGAAAAGCAUUAUUAUUUAACCUUCUAUACUGCUAAACAUAUUUUAGCAUUUUAUGAUUAUUUCAGUUGCAAUGGCAAAGUUGACUCAAAGACUCGCGAGACAUGUGAGACAUUACUUCGAUUUGUGAGUAAAGGAGCAAAAUUACCACCAAAUAAUGGCGAUAUAAAAAUCGAUACAUAUCACACAAACUUUUACGAAGUUCUCUGCAAAAUAGGUGGAAAAUUAUAUAAAAUCUUUACACAACAAUAUGAAUAUCCUCGACAAAUUAAUGCAAACUUAGAACCAAUUAUGUCAGAUGUGGUUUAUUCGGGUAAAUUAUUCGUUGCUGCAUGCACUGACACUUAUCGUGUACCUAAUAUUAUCCUAUCUUUAUACGCAAAUCAUCUAUGUGAUAACCGUCAUUUGUAUCCUGAACCAUGGCAAAUUUUAAUGUGCAGAGCUACUACAACUGCUGAAGAUAUUUCACUUUUCAUCAAAAGAUGUUUUCUUGCUUCAAAAAAUGGUUACAAGGAUUACUUAUUUUGUAUAGCAGGUUUAGAACUUCUUGAAUUCGAAUUACAAUAUAAAUUAGUUAAUGAUGUACGACAAUAUCAAGAAACUAAAGAAGAUUAUUAUUUGGCUUUGAUUUGUUGUCGAGAAAAUGGUGUUCAUCAUCAUAUUCUUGAUCAAUUUUCGGAUCGAGUAUGCACAACAAAUGGUCUUGGAGGAAAUACUAUGACGAAUAUGUAUAAAGAACUUUGUCCAAACGCGUUUUGUGUUACUUCUAAUCUAUCUGGCCAAGGAAAAACUGAAUAUAUAAGAAAUUCUAGUUUUAAGAGUAAUUUAGUUGUACGAAGCUUAUUAAUAAGUGAUAACAUUCGUUUCGAUGAACUAGUUCGAAAGCUAAAUGAAUGUAAACUUCGACAAAUAGAAAGUAUGCACCUAAACAUUGUGUCGGUUGAUUAUCCUAAUGAUGUCAACGUUUUUCUUUUUGAGCUUUUAACACUCAGAUUUGUCUCAAGCAAAACGGACAUUGUUUGCCUUCCAGAAUGUAUGUACAUCGAGGUUGCGUCAACGGAUAAUGAACGUUUAUUAAAUUCAAUCCCGGUUGUUCAAUACCUUAAUAGAGUGCACAUGAAUUGGAAUAUAAAAGAUUUUGCAGUAUCACGAGAAAUUUCUAGUCCAAUUCAAGUAGUAUCCCAUUAUUUAGAUAUAUAUGAUAAAAAUCAACUUAAUGAAAAAGAUAUUAUAUUUACCGGACCGAGACGUGUGAAUAAUACCAUAGAACCAGAAAGAUGUCAUGAAUUAGUACAAAAAUACUUUUUGAAUGCUAAAAAUGAAAAUGUUGCAUCAUAUCGUUUUGUAGAAAUUUUUUUAAAAGUAUUUGCUGAUCAAUUGGUUCGUUUAUCAUCAAGUUCUUUCUUCACAGUUGAUAAUCUUAAACUUAUGGUGGGAGAUAAAAAUAUUCGUACAACAUUGGUGAAAACUUUACUUGAAGUUUCUAAAGAUUUUGCCGCACGCUCAAUUGCUACAAAAAUUGCACAAUUAGAAUCAACUAUGAAUGCGGGUAAUGAUCAAUUGGAAACAAUAGUUCAAUGGGAUGCUUCUAAUCAUCUCUUGGUAUUCUUUUUGUCUCAAACUCCGGAUUCUAUUUGUGCUCUUUAUCGUAAUCGAAAUAAUGUCCCAAAUAAUGUGAAACAACUGAUAUUGAGUCAAGAAAUUAAUGAUUUCUCUCAACAUGAAGAUCUAAAAGCUUGGGAAUUGGAUGAUUAUCAUACUAUGUCUGCAAGUUCUUUAUUAGAGAAAUUAGAACGUAUAGCACGAAAAUCGAUGGGUAAAUUGAAGUUACCUAGUUACGCAUUGUCGGCUGACAAUCUUCUUAAAAUGGCCCUGAUUUUAUUAAGAGCUCGAGCAAAUAUUCCAGCAGUCAUAUGUGGAGAAGCAGGUUGUGGAAAGACGAGCCUUAUUGGCUUUCUAGCAGCUGUUGUGGAAGUUAAAUUUAGAGUACUUUCACUUCACGCCGGUGUGCAAGAAGAUCAGAUCCGUGAAUUCAUCGAAACAAGCACUCAAUUUGCCAAGAAUGGCCAAAUAUGGUUAUUCUUUGAUGAAAUCAAUACUUGUAAUCACAUUGGACUUCUUGCAGAUUUAAUAGCUCAUAGAACUUUGUUAGGCAGACCAAUACAUUGGAAUAUUCGUUUGUUUGCUGCAUGUAAUCCUUAUCGACUUCGUAAAAAAAGCUUAAGUAGUGUAGGCUUGGAAAAAAAUUAUCAAGAGAUGAGUAAAUUGGUUUAUCAAGUACAUCCUCUACCAAAUCAAGUUUUGGAUUAUAUAUGGGAUUAUGGAUUUCUCAAAUCUGAAGAGGAGAGGGAAUAUAUCAAGAUAAUGGUAGAAAGUCGAAUAGGUGCACAUCCAGUAUUCGUAGAACUUCUUUGCGAAUCACAAAAAUUCAUUCGUAGUGUUGAAGAACCAUACACUGUCAGUUUACGUGAUGUAAAGAGGGCGAUCAAAUUGGCUAUAUGGUUCCAAAAAAGUUUGAAUGAACGACCACCAGUUAUGAAAACUAGUAGUAUUUCAUUCUUUUCGAAAACUGCGAGCUAUCCACCAAAAGACAAAAAAAAAUUGAUACGUUGUAGUUUUGUUUUAUCACUUGGACUUUGUUAUCAAUCACGUUUGUAUGAUCAAGAUUUACGAAAAAAAUAUCGAGAGCGUAUGUCAAAGAUUUUCAGCAAACAUGGAGAAAGACUUAAUGCUACAGAAUUUCAAAUGAUAAUUCGAAGAGAACAAGAAGAUUUUAUGCAGCGAAUGGUGAUCCCUCCAUCAACAGCUGAUAAUGAGGCACUUUUAGAGAAUGUUCUUGUGAUGAUUGUUUGCAUAUUGAAUAGAAUCCCUGUUUUUAUUAUUGGCGCUCCUGGAAGCUCAAAAUCUUUAGCAGUAAGACUUAUUAGUUCAAAUUUCAGAGGAGCAGAUUCUGAGGACGAAUAUUUCAAAACAUUACCACAGGUCUACUUUAUACCACAUCAAGGUUCUGCGUCAUCAACUUCGGCCGGUAUCGUCAAAGUUUUUGAUAAAGCGAAAAACUAUCAAAAAACAAGUUCAAAAGCAUAUCCUGUUCAAGCUGUAGUCCUUCUUGAUGAAGUUGGUCUUGCAGAAACUAGCCGAUUUAACCCCUUGAAAGUUCUUCAUGCUCUUUUAGAACCUGGUUUCUCUAGAGAAGACGCUGCAGAUAUGGCAAUUGUUGAUGAGCCUACAAAAGAAAAUUCUAAGGAAAACUCAAUAGAAAACUCUAAAGAAAGUUCAGAAGAAAAUUCAAAGGAAAAUUCAAAAGAAAUCCCAAAAGAAAAUUCAAAAGAGAAUUCUAAAGAAAAUUCAAAUGAAAACUCAAAAGAAAUUUCAAAUGAAAACAUAAAAGAGAAUUCAAAAGAUUUAGAAAUUUCGGAAGUCAGUAAUGAAGACUCACUAAUAUCAAACAGUAGCAAAAAAUAUCUUAAAGAACCAUCACCUUCAGGUAGUAAAAAAGACUUUAAAGAUGACCCAGAUGUGUCAGUUGUGGGUAUUAGUAAUUGGCGUUUAGAUAACAGCAAGUCGAGCAGAGCGUUACUUGUACAAAGACCAAAAUUCGGCAUUGAGGACCUUAUCUUAACAGCCUCCAUGCUCUUGGAUGACAAAACUAAAAAUGGUAUCACAGAAUCCAGACUUAGACAACUUGCAGAAGCUUACCUUGAUUACGAAAAAAGCCAAAAAUAUAAAAACUUUCAUGGACUUCGUGAUUACUAUGCAUUGGUGAAAAGUCUUAGUGGCUCUGAUCUGACAAUGAGCACAUUGGAACUAGGAUUGAUAAGAAAUUUUGGAGGAACCGAUCAGACAAAAUUAAUAUGCGAAAAAUAUUUUGGCAAAGUCUUAAAUUCUUUUAAUAGUAACAAGAACUAUAAAUACACACCAAUUCCUGUUGAACGGCUCAUAAAUGAAAAUCUAAAUCGAAAAAAUACGCGACAUUUAAUGGUCAUAGGGAAAAGUGACUCUCUAGUUAAUAUCUUAACUUAUCACGUACGAACUCAACAAUUGGAUCCUGUUGUGCUUUGCGGUUCUCAAUUUCCCGAUGACGGUGAUGGUGAUUAUUUGUAUGCCGUUUUGAGCAGGAUAAUGAUGUGUGUUGAAGCAGGAAGACCUUUGAUUCUCACGGAUUUAGACAUUAUCUAUGGAAGUCUUUAUGAUUUGUGGAAUCAGAAUUAUAUCACUCUUGGCAGUCGCAAGGACACAAAGUUUUUCACACGCGUUGCACUUGGUGCUUAUUCUAACCCAAUGUUAUACGUACAUCCAGACUUCAAAUGCAUCCUAAUAAUGGAUGAGAGUAAACUUGAAUAUACUGAUCCACCUCUUCUCAAUCGAUUUGAGAAACAACGAUUGACAAUUAAUGAUAUACUUUCUGAACACCAUCAUGAACUUUGUGAUGCUUUGUUUAAAUGGGUUCGUCAGAUAUCAACAGUACAGGGAGUUGCAGCAAAUGAGUUCACCGAAAAAGAUAUUUUUGUAGGAUUUAAUAAGGAUGAAACCAUUCAGAGUUUAAUAUUCGACCAGUGUAAAAUGGAAGAAAAAGAUGGAGAUGAUGAAUUAGCAUUAAGAAGAUGUAAGGAAAGAUUAAUAGCUAUUGCCUCAUCAGACGGUAUUGUCCGAGCAAAAAAAUCUCUUUUGUUCAUGCAAAAACCCCAAGAAGUCAAUGAGUUGUAUGAUUCCUAUUUUAAUA